AUGAGCUCAAAAGCGAGCGAUCUCGGAAGCGGAGUGCUGCUCGAGUGGAAAAACCUGACCGUCAGUGUACGAUCAAGCGAGAAGCGCUACUACGGAAGGCCCGGCCACCAGCAGCGGAGGGAAAUUGCAAUUCUCAAAAAUGCCAGCGGUGCAGUGCGGUCCGACAAUCUGGUGGCCAUUAUGGGGCCAAGUGGAGCUGGCAAGACCACGCUACUGGCGGCCAUUUCGAUGCGUAUCGGUGGCCCGACGACGGUACACGGCAAGGUGCUCAUCAACGGACUCAACGUGACGCGGACACAGAUGAAACAGCUGACCGGGUUCGUGCCACAGUACGACAUCGCCCUCCGGUCGCUAACCGUUGGCGAGCAUCUCAGUUUUGUGUCGAAGCUGAAGAACGUUGGCUACGCGGCGGUACUGCGCAUUGUCAACGAGCUCGGUGUGCAGGGCUGUUGGAACACCCGGAUACAGUGUCUGUCCGGCGGCGAACGGAAGAAGGUGAACCUAGCCGGUGAGCUGCUCACCGAGCCGGACAUUCUGUUCUGCGACGAACCCACGACCGGUCUGGAUAGCUUCAGUGCGACCGCCGUCAUCGGGACACUGCACGCCCUGUGCACCGGUGGAGGACGGCGGGCCGUGGUCUGUACCAUCCACGAUCCCCAGUCUCAGGUGUUUCAGUACUUCAGCGACGUGGUGCUGAUGGAAAAAACCGGCACCAUCCUUUACCAGGGCCGAACGGCCGACAUGAGGACGUUCUUCAACUCCAUUGGACAAAGCAUCCCGGACAGUGGCAACCCGGCCGAUCUGUACUUUCAACUGGUGAGCCCCGGACGGGCAGUUCCGGCUCGACCCACCGACGUCGAGGAGGCGACCCGACGGCAAGAAAUCAUCCGUAAGGCGCACCGCGAAAAUGUGGCCCGCAAGUGCCUGAUGACGCGCUACCACCAGGCAAAGCUCAUACAGAGGCUCACGAACGAUCGGCAUCGGAUUUGCUGGGCCCGUCAGCUCCCGCUGCUGCUCCACCGUACGGCCCUCCACGGGCUCCGGAACGUGUGGGAAUAUCUAACCGUCACGGGCAUCUUUAUGUUUACCAGCGCCGUGAUAGCGGCCCUGUACUUCGAGGUGCGGCCCAUCAGCCAGACCGCCAUCCAGGAUAUCCGAGGGGCCCUCUUCCUGAUGAUCAGUGAACUGGUGUUCACCAUAAGUUACAGUGUUUUUUACACGUUCCCGUCCGAAAUUCCGCUGCUGCGGCGCGAAGUCGGCGAAAAAACCUACAACCUUUCGGCGUACUACGUCCACAAAGUGCUGUUCAGCGUACCGAGGGCUUUCUUCGAGACGUUUCUCUUCGUUGGUGUGAUCUGCGCGUUCGUCGGGUUCACCACCAACUUCGGCACGUACUGCUACAUGGCGGCGGUGUCCGGUGCCGCCAGUGUCCUGGCCAUGGCUUACGGCUAUCUCUUGUCGUGCACUACCGGAUCGAUGAGCAUGGCGAUCGAGGCGAGCAACAUCAUUUUCCUAGCGUUCAUGCUACUCGGCGGCCUGUACUUGAAUCUGCGCGCCUUCCCGCUGCUAAAGUACCUGUCGUUCUUCUUCUUCGCCAGCGAGGGCGUCUCGGUGUACUACUGGCUCUCGGUGGAUCACAUUCCGUGCAUUGCGGUACGGCCCAAUGGCACCACCGGCACCGUCCCGCCCGGGGCCUGUCUGUCGACGGGGACUGCCGUACUCGAGGAUGCCGGCUACGCCACAUCCUACGAUGCGCUCCGCCUAAACUAUGCCAUUUUGGCCACCGAAAUACUUGUAGUGCAUCUCGCGUCGUACACGCUGCUAAGGAACAUCAUUCGCAAAGCGGGAUUCUACUGACUGA